GUAUGCGCUUGCCGGAGAAACAUCAUGGCUUUCAUGGGAUGCCAAAGAUUGCAUCCAUGAAGUCGAGAUUGUGUCGAGCGAGUUGCACGCUAGCUUGUAUAACUGGAAGCAUGGGAAACUGCAGGAGCUACAGUCGUCUGUCGCGGAAGUCGAGGCCCUCCAACAAAUAUGCGCUCGUCCCUUUGACCAGAUCAGAGCCUGAUGCAAAUGUAUCAACCAUGGAGCAUCGGCAGAAAGUGGAUGACAUCCUUCGAGAUGCUUGGAGAGGCAUCGACGGAUAUGAUACGACCGGGAACGAUAGGGAAUCUGGUGACUUUGAGAUGGAUGGAGGUUUCAGCCCAACAACCUAUGGGGAGCUGACGCCCUCUGGUGCGCGGCAUCUUGCAAGAGCCAUGGGUAUUGACCAGACAGAUGCAAAGUCGGGGCCCUUUGUUUUCAUGGACCUAGGCAGCGGCCUGGGGAAGUUGGUAGUUCAGGCUUAUUUGGAGUGGCCAUCAGUGCGCCGGUCCGUGGGGAUUGAGAUAGCUGCAGAGCGUGCGAAGUCUGCUAGCCAGGUAGCAAGCUGA